UAAGCUAGUGGUUGGUCGUGUGUAUGCAAACGUGUAAGCACUGCAAUAUCGAAAAUUCUUUAUUAUUAUUAAUUGAACUCGCUAUCUACGGGUAGUUUUGGUGAAUUAUUAUAUUAUUUUUCCAUAGUGUACUCGAGAGGUAUAGUUUAAAACGCUAAAACUUCGAACAAUUUGUUAUCGUCAUCUACCGUUUCUCUACAGUUUCUCACACGUGCAGUUAUUGAAUCACCAAUCUCAUAGGACAGACAUACUCUAAAAUACAAUUUAUCUUACACGAUCAAGCAAAUACUGUAAGUGAAACGCACAUACAUAAAUUAACUACAAAUAAGCAUGCACUAUAUUAAAUUAUAUCCUAAACAGUUAAAACUUAACCUAGAAGCUACCAGCUACGAGAGGGAUUCAGGUGAAGUUCAGUACUGAAGAUUUUUAAAGUUGCCCUGAAACUACUGCGUUUGUGGUUCCGCCGCUAGAAAAUUCAGUGAGAACAUUCUUUAAAAAUCUUCAUCGAUUCCUCCAGCAUGGCUACUUCGAAAGUGAACGAUCCACAGGAGCAGCGAAACUGCGUGAACUGCAACCGCCCCGACCACAUCGAAGACAUGGUGGCGUGCGAUGAUUGUAGUGCCUGGUAUCAUUACGGCUGCGCUGAUGUUAACUUUACCGUCAAGGACCAGUCGUGGACAUGUCACCCCUGUAGACUCAUUCCGAAAGCUACUAUGUCGGCGAGCGUAGGAGCCGGUGCAAAUCUGAUCGUUCCCUCCGGAGCGACGAAGAAGACGAAGAAACCAGCCGGCAGCAAAGCAAGUACUUCAAAAUCGAAAAAAACCAAUGCCAGUAAAACCGUAAGUGUAUCGUCUAGUGCAAGGGCCCGGCUCGCCUUAGAACUAGAAGUUUUGAACGAACAGCAGCAAUUAGAGGAGCUAGAGUUAGAAGAGGAAAAGCAGAUUCGAGCUAGACAGAUUAUCCAGGAGAAGUCGAUUAAAGAUCGCGAGUUAGAGAUAGAAGCUAAGAGGUUAGCAGAAGAAAAGGCGUUUCUGGAAAAGAAGACCGCUGAGGAGCUUAAGUUUCGCAGGGAUCAAAUGGCGAUAAAGAAACGGUCUUUGGAAGAGAAAGCUAAGCUUAUUCGCGAACAGUCACUGCGCGGAAGUAGUCGAGGGUCGAGCGUCAGUCAAAGUGAAUCUGUGUUGGGUGAAAAAGUGAACAAGUGGUUAGCGACUACAGAACGACCAGCUACAAGGGAUCCAACCAACCUGGAAUUAGUGAGUUCUCUCAAUAAAUUGCAGUUUGCGCAACAAAGUGAUGAACAACGAGUCACAAACAUCGGAGUCAAACUGAGUGGCCAAUACAAUUCAGCGGAAGUUCAUCCGGAUCUGAACGAUUUCGCCGAACAGGUCAACGAUUCGCAGCCUAAGACAAUUUGCGACAGCGCGAGGGGUAUGGAGAGAAAUAAUGAGAAAACGCUACAUUUCUCCAAACAAACGUAUCCGCAGUUACACCGAGAUGGAACAGAAAACGAAAACUCUUCUAUAGUGGACCAAAUAGCCGAGCAGGGUCCUACGAAUCGUCAACUAGCCGCCCGGCAGGUCAUGGGAAAGGAUCUUCCAGCAUUCUCGGGCAACCCUGAAGAGUGGCCAAUAUGGAUUAGUAAUUUCGAAAGAUCAACGGCGACGUGUGGAUUCUCUCAAGAUGAAAACCUCAUCCGAUUACAACGUUGCCUCAAAGGACCGGCGCUGGAAAUGGUCCGCGGGAGGCUUUUGACACCAGCUAGUGUACCACACGUGAUCAAGACUUUACAGUUGCGCUAUGGUCGGCCCGAAACCUUGAUUCGCGCCCUCACCGAAAGGAUUCGGCAUCUCCCACCGCCGAAAAUGGAUAAUGUGGAGAGCAUCAUCGACUUUGGAAUGGCCGUCGACAAUCUCGUGGAACAUCUAAAGACCGCAAAACAAUACGCGCAUCUGAUGAACCCUUCUCUCCUUCACGAUCUGGUCGGCAAGCUGCCGAUGGACUACAGAAUGAAGUGGGCAGCCUAUAAAGGUGCUAGGGCGGACGCUGAUUUGCGAUCCUUCGGAACGUUUAUGAACUCCAUCGUAGAGCUAGCAUUCGACGUAGCGGACGAUAAUCCAGUGAGCAAAUCAUCGAAAUCAUAUCAGAAACCAAAGGAUCGUGGUUUCGUACAGGCUCAUUUAGAAACAUCCAAUGUGGGGGAAAAUACGCCUUUCAGUAGGGGAAGUCAAGUGGAAAAAUCUAAUAGGAAGAUAUGCGUUGCGUGUGGAAUGGAAGGUCAUCGUGUGUACGAUUGUGAGCAGUUCAGAUCAUUGAACGUCGACGAAAGGAUCAAGAUUGUCAACCAAAACUCACUAUGCAGAACCUGCUUGAAUCAGCAUGGUAGAUGGCCUUGUAGGACUUGGCAAGGUUGUGGAAUUUCUGGCUGUCGACUGCGGCACCAUACACUGCUGCAUUCAUCGUCGCAGGUCACUUCGGUGGCGGUUUCUACUAGCCAUUUAAACCAAAAGCAGUCUACUGAUGGUCCUUUGUUUAGAAUAUUGCCAGUUACGCUUUGUGGACCAAACGGGAAGGUCGAACUAUUUGCGUUCAUUGAUGAAGGUUCUCAACUCACCCUCCUCGAGGACGACGUCGCUUCAAAACUUGGAAUUUCUGGACCAUGUGAGCCACUGCAGUUGCUAUGGACAGGGAAUGUUACACGCAGUGAAUCCAAAUCUCAGCGGCUUCUGGUGGACAUCGCUGGGUCACGAGUAAGCCAUCAAUUCAAGCUUGUCGACGCUCGUACCGUCGGAAAAUUGAUGCUGCCGAAACAAUCAUUAAACUACCGAGACCUUGCGGCAAGAUAUCCUCAUCUGCGUGGGCUACCAAUAAACGAAUACGAGGAAGUGGUGCCCAAGCUGCUGAUUGGUCUUGACAAUCUGAAGCUCACAAUACCAUUGAAGAUACGUGAAGGAGGUUGGAGUCAGCCAAUAGCAGCCAAAUGCCGUCUUGGCUGGAGUAUCUACGGAUGUUCACCUAGCGAGGUGGGACCGGUCACUUGUGGGUUUCACAUUGGAGGAUGGACCAAUCAAGAGCAGGAACUGAACCAGCUUGUUCGGAGCUACGUGGCGUUGGAUAAUUCUGGUAUAAUAUCACCAACAGCUCACUUAGAGUCCGACGAAGAACGACGCGCACGUGAGAUAUUAGAAGCCACAACUAGAAGAACAUCCACCGGAUUCGAAACUGGUCUGCUCUGGAAGACGGAUAAUGUUCAGCUGCCAAACAGCUACGGAAUGGCUUACCGACGGCUUCGGAGUCUAGAAAAGAAGCUCUGCGAUAACGAACACCUUUACGAACAUGUGCGGGCGAUUAUACUAGAUUACGUUGCAAAACAGUAUGCGCACGAAGCCACGGAACACGAGCUCACAAGCACUAAGCCAGAGAAAUGUUGGUACUUGCCUCUCGGGAUAGUCGUCAACCCAAGAAAGAGCAAAGUUCGACUGAUCAUGGAUGCGAGAGCGAGUGUGGACGGUGUGUCCCUCAACUCCUUUAUGCUAAAAGGCCCAGAUAUGCUAACGUCGCUGCCAGCGGUUCUCAGCAACUUCCGGAUGUUCCAGUAUGCUCUAGCUGCUGACAUAAAGGAAAUGUUCCAUCGAAUCAAGAUACGAGAAGAAGAUCGACAGUUUCAAAGAUUUCUUUGGCGUGAUCAAACUAACGUGGAACCGACAAUAUUUGUGAUGGACGUUGCGAUAUUUGGGUCCAAAUGCUCUCCGAGUUCGGCCCAAUAUGUGAAAAAUCGCAACGCACAAGAUUUCGCCGAUGAAUAUCCAAGAGCAGCCGAUGCUAUCGUUCGCCAUCAUUACGUCGACGAUUACCUGGACAGUUUCGGGACAGAAGAAGAAGCAAUAACAGUUGGUCGACAAGUGAAGAAAAUCCACGAAAGAGGCGGAUUUGAAAUACGGAAUUUCCUGUCCAACAAACCUGAAAUAGCCGAAAGUGUGGGGGCGCAAUCAGCUACAAUGGAUAAAGUACUCCAAGCAGGGAAGGCCGAAUGUGCGGAAUCCAUUCUUGGCAUGAGGUGGAUCCCUGGCAGUGAUCACUUCACUUACACCCUAGAGCUACGCGAAACCCUACAAGAGGUAUUGGCCGAGAACCACAUUCCCACGAAACGGGAAGUAUUACGGAUCGUCAUGAGUCUCUUCGACCCUUUGGGGUUGAUAACGUUCUUCUUAAUCCAUGGAAGAAUUCUUAUGCAGGACAUAUGGGCCACUGGCAUUGGCUGGGAUGAUACUAUCAACAGUGACUUGUACGAACGAUGGAGAUUGUGGUCUGGAUAUUUACCGCAGUUAAGUUCGAUCCGCGUUCCCCGUUGCUAUUUUGCAGGUGCUAAACAAGAAACAUACGCCGGAUUGCAAAUACACGUUUUCGUGGACGCUAGUGAAUUAGCCUAUUCUAGUGUGGUAUACUUUCGAGUGACAACUCCGUACGGCGUGGACACCAUUCUAGUAUCAGCGAAAUCAAAGGUAGCGCCGCUGAAAAUGCUUACCAUUCCCCGUUUGGAGCUUCAAGCGGCAGUGCUAGGGUCGCGCCUGUUAAACAGCGUCAUAGAAAUGCACGAUCUUCAAGUAACCAAAAGGAUACUCUGGACUGACUCUCGAACAGUGCUGGCAUGGUUAAACUCCGAUCAUCGCAAAUAUCACCAGUUCGUGGGCUUCCGUGUAGCAGAAAUCUUAUCAACGACGGGAGUAGAUGAAUGGCGGUGGAUUCCCACCAAAUCCAACGUAGCGGACCUUGCAACGAAGUGGGGAACGGGUCCUGAUAUGAGUGGUAGCGGUGUAUGGUUCUACGGCCCAGAAUUCCUACGUCAGCCGGAGAAUUUGUGGCCCCAGCAGCAACAAGCAUCUUCCUCGACUGUAGAGGAGAUCAGAUCAUGUAACGUUCACGUUUCAAAGCUGCAGCCGGUUGUAAACGUUGCUCGUUUUAGUCGAUGGGAGCGACUUCAGCGAACAUUAGGAUUCGUUCACCGGUUUAUCGAUAAUAUUAGGCGGAGACAACGAGGAGUUCCGCUGGAGUUGGGAAUCCUCACUCAAGCUGAACUGGCUGUGGCCGAACGAAGUCUAUGGAAGCAAGCACAAUACGAAUACUAUCAUCAAGAAGUGGAAGAUCUUUGCACAAAGAGUGGUCCGACGGUCUCAAAAUCAAGUAACAUCUAUAAACUGUGUCCCUUUUUGGAUAAGUAUGGUAUACUUCGCAUGCGGGGUCGGCUCGAUCUAGCUCCGUACGUACCAUAUGAAGCGAAGUUUCCAACAAUACUUCCACAACAAUCGACUAUCACGAAGCUUCUGGUAGAUUGGUUUCAUCGUCAAUAUAGACACGCAAAUUGAGAAAC